AUGCCUCGCAAUAAAUCUGAAUUGCGAAUAUUAUUCUUCAAGGGACUAGCAGUGGAAUUUCACGCACGAUAUAAUAAGGAGGCACAUGCUAUCCCUCAUCUGGAUCAGUGGUUCAACAAACGCGAGAAUAAACGAAAAGCUACCAUCAACUCCAUCAUUAAAUUCUCAAGGCGUGGCUGGGAGCCGCAAUUCGUUUCGUUGAAUACAAUACCACUACACGAUGAGAAUUUUCCCUUCUCGCUUCGUGAUAAUACAGUGCUGGUAAGUUAG